AUGAGGGUAUUGCUUGACGCACUCACACACGGAUUUGUUAAGCUGAGCAAGCUGGCUUUGUUGAUUUUUGACGAAGGCCAGUCUGUUGCGUUGACAAGAGAAGGCCCCGCUAACAUUCUGCAGCGCAUCACUCACCCAGCAAAUCUGAUCAUGUCCAAUUUCUAUAUGCCUCAAUUGGAUAAUGGUGGCAAGUCGCUGCCCAAAGUUCUUGGGCUGAGUGCAAGCCCUGUUAUGAAAGCAGCAGCCACCGAGCAGGGUCUCCAGGAGAUAGAGCGGAACCUGCACGCCACCGUCAACUACUCGUUAAACGUUCCAGGGCAACAGCAUUCUCAACUACUUAUCGCGUUGCAGCAUGCAUUACGCACAUAUGAUCUUGCAAAGGAUCCGUACGUCGUCGCAUUAUUGGACCAACAAAAGCAUGGCUUCGAUGUCUCUCGCCAGCUGAACAAACUGUGGAAUAGCAAUAAGACUUAUUGCCUCGACCAGUUGAAACAGCUGGUGUCUAAAGCUGAAGCCAUGGCAGACGAGCUCGGAAUCUCGGCAAUGGAGUACUACGUACACCAAUGCAUUGGCAAAUUCGAAAAGACAACUUGCGGCUCGGAUCAACAACUACUGGAUUUGACCACCAAUGAGCGACAACAUCUCCUGAGCAUAUUCCAAGGCCUUCCCCUUCAGAAUCCUGCACCUUCACCUGCUAUCAUCAUCGAGAAGAUGUCCCACAAAGUUGAAAAGCUUAUCGACACUCUGGUCGCUGAAGCCAAUGGCACCCCAGGCUUUACCGGUCUUGUAUUCAUUGAACAGCGAGUCUGGGUAGCAUCAAUUGCUGAAAUUUUAGCAUGCCACCCACGAACCAAGGAUCUGUUGCGGGUAGGGACAUUUGUCGAACCAGCCAACCAACAAACCACGCUUGACGACUUCCGUGCUGGGGUCAUUAAUCUCGUCCUGGCUACAACCGUUCUUGAAGAAGGCGUCGACGUAUCUAGUUGCCAUCUCGUGGUAUGCUUCGAAAGACCCAAGAAUCUGAAAAGCUUUGUUCAGCGACGCGGAAGAGCGAGGCGACAAGAGUCGCGUUACUUCAUUCUCGUCCCAGAUACUGGCGAAACACGAUCUUUAACAUCGUGGCAAGGGCUUGAAGCUGAGAUGAGGAGAGCGUAUGAAGACGAUAAGCGCAAAGUUCAGGUGGCUCAGGAGGCAGAACAGAAGGACGAGGUGGGUGAGCGCUACUUCAGUGUCCCAAGUACCGGUGCAUUGCUGACUCUGGAUAACGCGGCUCAACAUCUCUACCACUUCUGCGCGCGUUUAGGGGGCAACGCCUACGUCGACACGCGACCUGAAAUCGACUUUACCAACACCCUGGGGCGGAUCACUGCUACCAUUACGCUACCAAUUUCUGUCGACCCUACUGUAAGGAAAGCUAAGAGUCUGCAGUCGUGGAGCACCGAGCGAAUGGCUCAGAAAGACGCCGCCUUUGAGGCAUACAAGGCUCUUUAUCUGCACGGAUUGGUAAACGAGAAUCUUCUUCCCGUCCAAGAAGAGGGAGACGACAAUGCGGCCCAAUACCAAAUCCCCGACGAUCGCCCAUCCCUUGUACCUGUUUCCCAAACUCUCGAUCCGUGGGCGGUGGUUGCGCAAUCUCAUGAAUGCGAACCUGACUUAUGGUACCGCACCUUGCUUGAGGUGAAGGCGUCAGGGGAGGAACCGAUGCGCAUGAUACUACUAACGCCAGCUCCCAUGCAUGAGAUUCCUACUAUCUUACUACAUUGGAACGAAUCAAAACAGUACACUGCUACGACUUCCGCUCUUUACGGUACAUCUUUGGUCGACAUCGACAUUGAUCUGUUACGCUCCAUCACGUGGAAGAUUUUGCGCUCGGUUUUCGGAGCACACAUCAUCAAAGGCAUCGACGACUUUCUCUGUCUACUUGCUCCAUGCGACUCAUCGGGAUAUAUGAUGACAGAGAACGAGCUAUACGAAUGGAAUGCGACAACGGAAGGCCAGCGCCCAGCAUCCAAAAUGCUGGCUCAAGGAAACCUGGACAUAUCGAGCUGGGGUCUGACUUCCUUUCAAGGAGACCUCCGGAAGUUUAUGCCCAUGUCUAUCGAGCUUCCAGAGUCUUCAGACCUGACAGGCGUUGACGAAACCCUGAUACAAGUUGUGCGUUUGCCUAAACGUCGAGACUUUCUACAUGCGGUAUUUGAGAACGCAAACAAGAGUGAAGCGUAUACCAAAGUAGAGAGUCUACUAGCUUCAUCAUGUCUUGUUGAAACUCUUCCGACUAGAUACGCCAUUCUGGCCUUGUUGUUACCAUCGAUCCUGCACAAGCUUGAGGUAUACAUGAUCGCGGAUACACUUCGGACGACGAUUCUCCAGCCAGCUAGAUUCGAGGCAUCGGACCUUCCAGUCAUCAUCACAGCACUUACUUCAUCUGCGGUUGACAAGCGCGACAACUACCAGAGAAUGGAAUUCCUUGGCGACUGUAUCUUGAAGUUCGUCGCUUCGCUUCAUCUGAUGGCUGCAAAUCUUAUCAUGCCCGAAGGUAUUCUCACUGGGAAGAAAGGCAAGCUUGUCAGUAACGGCUACCUGGCGCGAGCUACACUUGCUGCGGGUUUAGACAAGUUCAUCUUCUACAAGAACUUCACCGGCGCGAAGUGGAAGCCGCGAUAUAUUAGUGAUACACUCGCUGACAGCGCGCCGCCGGCUAAGCAAGAGAAGUCGUCGAAACUCAUCGCCGAUGUCAUUGAGUCGCUCAUCGGCGCCUCGUAUCUGGUCGGUGGCUUCCCCAAAGCUUUCGCAUGUGUGCAAGCUCUCCUGCCACUCGAGAAAUGGACGCCUAUUCCGGAAGCGAACGAGAUACUCUACAACGCAGCUCCGUCUCAAGACACAGUAACGAACUUGGCUUUGGUCGAGAAGUUACUUGGCCACACGUUCAACAAGAAGGACCUUUUACUAGAAUCGCUUACCCACUCUACAUUCCGUGGCCCGAACGUACACUGCUCAUACGAACGCUUUGAGUUUCUCGGAGAUGCAGUGCUCGACUACAUCAUCUCGAAGAGGCUCUACGCCCAUGAGUCGAGGCUGCCGCAUUGGAAGAUGCAUGGCGUCCGAACAGCAAUGGUAAACGCCGCGUUCUUGACUUACUGUAUGUUCGAGACUACGGUAGCGGAAGAGUUGACCAACAAAUCAACCUUCCAGCCAGAAGUGCAUCAUAGAGCUCUAUGGCAAUUCCUCCGAUCGUCGAGCCCGGAGCUCAUCGCCGGGCGGACUGCAGCCCUGCAGCAACAUAACGAGGCACGUCAUGCGAUCGCUACAGCUCUAGCGCACGACAACCGCUUCCCAUGGCAUGCACUCUCGCUCACUGACCCACCUAAGUUCCUCUCUGAUAUAGUCGAGAGCGUUAUCGGCACCCUCUACAUCGAUUCCCAUGGCUCCAUCUCCGUGUGCGAGGAGUUUGUUCGUCGUCUGGGUAUCCUGCCAUGUCUCGAGCGGAUUCUUCGGGAUGGUGUGGACUGCUGGCAUCCGAAAGAGCGAAUCAAUACGCUUGCGGCGGAUAAGGGUAUCAAGUACGUCCGGGUUACGAGCGACCAACGCAAUUCUGGUAAAGGAGCGAGUAGCCCGGAGAAGGGGUAUAGGGUUCAGGUGAAAAUUGGCGGGAAGGAUGUGGGAGGUGUGGUCGAGGGAGUCAAGAGGUUGCAGACUGAGACUAUCGCUGCCUGGAAGGUUAUCGCGCUGCUUGAAGGCGCAGCUGCUGAUUCUGUACCAACGAAGGCAGCAGAGGAUGACGAAGAGGAAGAUGAAGAAGACGAGGAAGAUGGGGGUGUUGCUGUUGUACCAAUGACGGCAGCCGAGGACGAAUCAGACGAAGAAGAUGAGUUCUUCGAUGCUGAAGAAGGCGGUGGAGUCAUGUUGGAGAUUUGA